AUGUUAUUUCAAAUUGAUUGCUAAAAUAUAAAGCAAAGUAAACAGCUAACCUUGAUAAACGCAGCGAAAUACCCAAUUUUAGUUAGGAUCAGAGAAGACACUUCUUACACUGUCAUUCCUUCCUUUUCAUUGUUGAAAUUCAAUGAAAGAAAGAAUUUUUAGAUUCUGCCCAAAUACACUUCUAGACAAGAUAGCCGUCUGAAUAUUGAAGCCAUUCAAUUUGAUGAAACCAAACUUGAAACACUCGUAAUUUGAUUAUCCUCUAAUUCUAAGUCUGUUCCGCCGUUCUGGAAUGAAAGAAAUAAAGGUUCCUUACAGACUUAAUCUCAAUCUCUGUCAUUAUCCACAGAUAUCUAAGACUCCAAUGGAUUUGCCCACUAUAACAAGUCCCCAACCAUGAAUCAAAUCUUUCAUGACCAAAAUCAGGAGUACUCAAAUACAAAUGAACAAUAUGUCUAGUAAAUUAAAAAAAAAAUAAACGAUCAUGACAACCAUAGUAACUCUUUAUCAAGCAUUGCUUCUUAGCAAUCGAUACAAAGAAUGUGUUCACCCAAAAUAGCAGAUGACAAUAAAUUUCAACAGUCCUAUUCAUAAAAUAGGAAACAUUCCUUAAGUGAUUUCGAAUCAUAUGGAUAUAUGUCUACAACCCAAACCUAACAAUAAAUUCUCAAAAUGCCAAAUGAUUUCAAUAAUUUAUUAGAUCAGAUUGAUUCUUCUAAUGGCCCAAUUCUCAUUUAAUUACCCUCUUAACAAGAGUCUUAAACCCAAUCUCAACAUAACUUUCCUGAUAAUCAAUAAUAAGAUAUGAGUAUCAGUGAAACUACUUCUAUCUAAAGAUUCCAUUCUACAAAAUAACAAUUCCCUCAAUUAAAAAGAUCAAAAUUCAAUGAAAAAUCAAAGCUAAGAGUCUCAUACUCUCUUGUCCAUCACCCCAAAUCUCCAAUCAAUAAUUAACAUCAUUUGAAUAAAAAUAAGCAACUAGAGGACUAGUUAUUAAAAUAAAUUGUAAGUAUUUUAGGAUUUAUAUAGAACGAAUUGAAACAAAACAAAGAAGCAUUUCUACAGGAGCUGAAAAAAUUAGAAUUCUAAAUGCUAUUCAAUUGUAAGAAUGCAAAUACAAUUAACCAAUAACAUUUCUAUAUUUGGCAUAUACUUCUAACCAGUGUUAUAUGUCUUCUAAUCGGAAGCUUCAUGAAAAGAUUCAUCCCAUAAUUUUGA